AUGGAUGACUAUCUAUUUCGAUUCAACAUCGAGAAGUGCAGAUAUAUUAAUGAGGAGACUCGAUGCUUAGAGAUGUUUAAUUAUUCAGACCCUCUUUAUGACACUGUGGUUGAGCAAUCGCUACCACUCAAUCAAUUUACUGAUUUCCUCUCGCAGAAGGGAGCGUUUGAGCAACCGAAAAUUCCAGAUGGUAUGACUCAGCUUGCUGGUUUUAGAAUGAUUCUGCAACAAAAUGUACUACACCCCGAAGUUUUCGACCCCUCCGUCAUUAGCCUCCCACCUGAUAUAUACUCUAAAAUGAUGACCGAGUUGCAUCUUCCUUACAAAGGUAUAGAAGGAUCAAGCACUGUGGGCCCAUUCUUCUGGUCUGCAAUCGAUGAUGAUGACAAGCACAUCUUCCAAAUCAUAUAUCGUAAAUCCGAUGUUACAAAGAAAGUCCAUACCAGGGCCUGGGAGCUCCUGUUAUCGUUUAAUGUGCUAACAGGCAUCACUACGGCAUUCUGCAAAGCAAGCCCAAAGUCGCACAUUAUUGAUAGCAUUAAACAUCUCAAAGCAUCGUCCCAGCAAAUCGGUCAUCCUAUACUCUUUCCCAUCAUCAUCUUUAGCCACUAUUACUCGGCGAGGUUAGAAGUCCAGCAACGAGAUGCAAGACUCGGGUUGCGCAAGAUCGAAAUGGCUCUUAAUUUUAUACCGGAUAAGUAUGAAAGUGAACUUGUCGUGGGCGGCAUGGUGGUUGAAAACAGCGACGAUUAUUUCGACGAGAAUAAGAUUAUUGACUUUGAUCGUAUUAAUAGAGAUCUGGUCGAGACACACACCAAAACACUGUCGCACAGUCCAGCUGCUUAUCUACGAGUACUAGAUGGGUUCAAAGAGGCUAUGAAUUUAUUUGAGAUGCAAAGGGUUGCCAUUCAGUGCAAGUGGCCAGAGCUUACUCAUUCCAAAUUCGCAUCCCGCAUCGGUUUCUACCGAAAGAAGGUACAGGGUCAAGGAUAUUACCAGUCUAGCACCCUGCAAAGGUUGGAGGCUCAGCGGAAUGCCCUCUCUGUGUCCUGCGGACAAAUAGAUAAUAGAGUGAGCUUUCAAAUAGCUGAAGCUCAGACGAAGCUAGCCUAUUCAAACAAACGAGAAGCUGUAUCGCAAAAAGUGAUUGCGAUACUGGGAACGGUAUUUCUUCCAGGCGCCUAUCUGUCCUCACUGUUCAGCAUGACAUUCUUCGACUGGCAAUCAAGCAAGUCUAACGAACUUUACGUGUCGCCACUCUUCUGGAUCUACUGGGCCAUAUCGAUCCCUCUGACAAUCGCCGUCGUCGGCACUUACAUUCUAUGGGACCGGAGACUGUCCAUAAAGGCACACAAAGAAGACGAAAUGAUCGAAAUACGGAUGCUAGAUAUGAAGAGAAUUUCUCAAAAUCAAGCUGUAACGAGCAGGAGUGUUGUAAAUGGUUGCAUCCAGAGAGCCUAA